CUCCUCCUCCUGGAGGGGCCUGGGUGCUCCUGCCUCUUCUACCAGCACCUCCGGUCCUGCGAGGUCCUGGAAGGAUGGAGGCUGCAGGGCCACCCCAGGCCAGGAAGUGCUGCCAGCAGGCCCUGGAGAAGCUCGUUCCUCGCCUCUGCUUCCUCUGUUCUCUGGUGACCUAUGCCCUGGUGGGUGCUGUGCUCUUCUCAGCCAUUGAGGGGAGCCAGGACCUGGGGGCCGAUGACCAGGAGUUCGAGGAGUUCUUGGGGAAGCUCUGCAGCACGUUGACAUGCAACAGGACUGUUAUGGAAGGCAAGAAGCGGGAUCUCGGGGAGCUGCUGCUGAAGGUGAAGCCCCAGUGGUUUAGCAGGUCUACGGACUGGUCCUUUCUGAGCUCGCUCUUUUUCUGCUGCACUGUGAUCAGCACCGUGGGUUACGGCCAUAUCUAUCCCGUCACCAGGCUCGGCAAGUAUUUGUGCAUGCUCUACGCGCUCUUUGGCAUUCCCCUGAUGGUCCUGGUCCUCACGGACACAGGUGACAUCCUGGCAACCAUCUUAUCCACAUCUUACAAUCGGUUCCGAAAACUCCUGUUCCUCAGCCCUCACCUUCCCAAAUGGUGCUCCAGACUGCUUUGCAGGAGAAAGCCUGACACCAAGCCCGUGGACCAAGCCAUCCCCAGGAUCGUCAUCGAUGGCCAAGAGCUCACUGGCCCCACCCCUGGCAGGUGUUCCUUGGCCCCAAGCAUCAACAUGGAGCUGCUUGAGAGGCUUCUUGCACGCGAGAAACAGAACACACUGCGACCGCCGUCACAGGCCGCGGAGAGGAGGAACUCGUGUCCCGAGCUGGUGUCCGGGAGACUCUCAUACUCCAUCAUCAGCAACCUGGACGAGGUGGGACAGCAGGUGGAGCAGCUGGACGUCCCCCUGCCCAUCAUCGCCCUCAUUGUUUUCGCCUACAUCUCCUGUGCAGCCGCCAUCCUGCCCACCUGGGAGAAGCACAUGGACUUCGAGGGCGCCUUCUACUUCUGCUUCGUCACGCUGACCACCAUUGGCUUUGGGGAUACCAUUUUAGAACACCCUCACUUCUUCCUGUUCUUCUCCCUCUACAUCAUCGUUGGGAUGGAGAUUGUGUGCAUCGCCUUCAAGCUGGUGCAGAACAGGCUGAUUCGCUUCUACAAAAAUCUCAUUCUGCUCUUCACAAAAGGGACGUUUUAG